AUGUCAAGACCUCACACCAGGAAAAGGGCUCAAGACUCUGACGCUGACGCUGAGAAGAAGCCAAAGAAGAAGACCAAGAAGAUAAAGGCAGAAACGCAGGAUGCUAAGCCCCAUCUGACUCAGAGUCGGGCUCCUUGGAUCACCAGAUCCUCCACCAAGGAGUCAAGUAAGCCUCAAACUUCUGCUUUUAUUGUUAAUAUUGAUGUCAUUCCAUCUUCUUCUACUCAAACACUUCCUCCAUUCACUGUACCCUUAAUCCCUAAAUAUCCUUCUCUCACAACUCUUAUCCCAUCUACUUCUGCCAUUUCCACAUCUUCUAUCGCACUCACCACAACAUUAGAACAACACAUUCCUCCACCUCCUAAACCAGAUCUUCUAGAUCAAAUCCGCCAAGCAUCCUCUGCCCCAACUCCUCAAAUUAUCCAACUUCCCUUCCCAAAUAACCCAGAACUACCUCAAACAUCUUCUCCCAUGAACACCUCCUCCAGUGAAAGAGAAUUUCAAAAAGUUCUGAAAGAAAGAACUUCUGGACCCCCAGAUGAAAUACUCGCUCCAAUCCCACACACUUCUCCUCUCUUCAAUCCUACACCACUAAAUGUUGUAUUUCCUCCACUCUCUUCACCUGAAUCAUCACAAGUCUCUUUAUCUAGAUACUCUCCAUUUAACUCAACAGACUUUGUGUUCCCAAACCCUGAAAUCCAACCCAUUCUAGAUCAGACCACUUCUGAUCAGGUAACCCAGGUGAAGGUAGAUAUGGGUUUGGGCCUAAGUGAAAAGAAGGAAAAUCCUAGCCCACUUGUUAUGCGUGGCCGCGGGUUGCAUGGGAUGUAA